GCCAAUCCCCCGGCGGGGCGCAGUUGGCGCUGCCCGCCCCGGGGCGCCUGUCGCGCUGAGGCGGCCCGGGGCAGCCGCGUCCCGCCCGGCCCCGCUCCGCUCCAUGGCGGCGGCCAACGGGGCCCUGGCCGAGGGCGCGGCGGCGGGUUCCCGCGGCAGCGCGGCCGCCCCGUCGGGCAGGAGGGAGCUGAAGGUGGUGAUCGUGGGGGACGGCGGCUGCGGGAAGACGUCGCUGCUGAUGGUGUACGCCAAGGGCACCUUCCCCGAGCAAUACGCGCCGUCCGUCUUCGAGAAGUAUACUACCAGCGUGACGGUGGGCAAGAAGGAGGUCACCCUGACCCUGUACGACACGGCAGGGCAGGAGGAUUACGAUCGGCUACGACCGCUUUCUUACCAGAACACAAACGUCGUGUUAAUUUGUUACGAUGUCAUGAACCCCACUAGCUAUGAUAAUGUAGCAGCUAAGUGGUAUCCUGAAGUGAAUCACUUCUGCCGAGGUGUCCCGCUUGUACUGAUCGGCUGCAAGACAGACCUUAGGAAAGACAAAGAACAGCUGCGCAAGCUCAGGGCUUCUAAGCAGGAACCCAUUACUUACAACCAGGGGGAAGCAGUUUGUCAGCAGAUCAAUGCAGAAAUUUAUCUGGAGUGCUCAGCAAAAUGUCGUGAAAACAUAGAAAAUGUUUUUAAAGAAGCAACAAUCAUUGCACUGAAUGCCAUGAAAAAAGCCAAGCGCCAAAAGAAACGGACAGUGUGCUCAGUGUUAUGAUCUGGACUGCAAGAGAGCAUCGACUGCACAACAGCCAAGCAAUCCAGAUUUUUAAAACCAGCUUAACUUCAAAGACGCUUUUUUCAUUAUGUUUGCAUUCCCAGAACAAUGUUUAUUUUAAAAUGUAUUUUUUAAUAUUUUUUGCACUUUCAUUGCACUGCCCUCAUAAAAUUUUCAAAGCUCUUUAUCAAGGUUAACUGAUGCUCAUGCCUUUGUCCAUCUGGCUUUGGCUCCUAACUGCAAAUGACCAGCAGUCAGGUCUUGGACUCUAUUUAAAUUGCAAUGAACAGCAGCUGCCACUAUA